AUGAGUGUGUUCGCAACGAAGAAGCCGUUCUCGGCCGUUACCGUUACGGUUGAGAACCUUACCUCCGAGGCGUAUGAAGAGGAGGAUCUUAGUGGUAUUCCAGAGCUCGUUGAAGUUAUUACCUUGCAAGCUACUGGUCCAAGUGAGGCAGCUCGGGCUAUUCGAAAAAAGCUCAAGUAUGGAAAUGUCCAUCGUCAGAUUCGUGCAUUGGUACUCCUUGAUGGUCUCAUCCAAAAUGCUGGCGAGAGGUUCCAGCGUACCUUUGUGGACGAGCCUCUUCUUGAGCGUCUACGUGUUUGCGGGACUUCUAACCUGUCUGAUAUUGCCGUAAGGAACAAGUGUAGGGAACUAUUCCGAUCUUGGUCGCAGUAUGCUGGAAGGCCCGGCCUCGACAGUCUUGCACGACUGCACAAGGAACUUCCCAAGAGAAAGCAAGCCGUCACUCAAGAGAGAUCAAGAGUCCUCAGAGAAACGGAAGAAAAUCCGUUCGUCGAUGAUGAGCAAGAAGCUGCAGCAAAGGCAGCCCGCGAAGCACAAAAUACCCCAGGCCCAUCUAGUGCUGCCCCGGCAUCUGGCUCGACCUUUGGUCAUACCUCUACCAAGUCUUCCUCCGGGUCCAGUAGCUUUUUUGGCAGUUCCAAAGACAAGAAGAAGGAGAAAGAAAAGGAGAAGAACAAGGGAAAGAGAAAGCCUUUCAAUCUCGAGGCAGAGAAGGAACAGAUGAAAUCUGUUAUCGCCGACUCCUCCAUCGCUGCCACUAAUUUAAUGAAUGCGCUUCAAAGCAUUAAUCGUGAGGUUGAGCGUAUUUCUGAGAACCAGGCAGCCGUUGAGCGUUUUGAAGCUUGUAAGCUUCUUCGACGAAAAGUGCUGCGUUAUGUCCAUAAUGUGGAAGAGGAGCAGUGGCUGGGAGGACUACUACAUGCCAAUGAUGAACUUGUUCACGCUCUCAUGUCAUUUGAGCAGUUCGAUCGUUCCAUCGAUGCAGACAGUGACUCGGAUGACGAGCUUGCUGAGCAAGCCCAUUUGUACCGAAUGGCGACAAUCAAAGGCAAAGAGGCAAUGGCUAAGGCUUCUGGGCAGUCGCCAACCUCAUCGCAGCCUCCGGACCUUUCUGAGCUGAACAUUUCACAUUCUCCUGCUCAUUCUGCUCCUCCUCGUCCUCCUCCCAUGUCGAAGCCUCACUCAAACCCGCCCCCUCAACCCCCAAGGCCAGCUGUAGUUUCUUCUGCGCCUGCAGACGAGGAGGAAGAUGAUGAUCCGUUCGGUGAUUCCCAUGCACUUGAUACACCUCAGCACGAACGUGAUCAGCCCAGGUGGUAA